UCAAAACACAUCAGUUCGCGUCCGAUGUUGCUUUCUUCACUUAUAGCCAAGGGACGCCAACCCCAUACAGGGUGAUCGAUUGAGCGAGAAAGGAAGUGAGAGAGAGAGAAAUAGAGAGAGAGAGAGAGAGAGCGAUGAGGACAGAGACGACGAGGGAUGGACCUGGAGCUCUGUUGAGCAAUGGACACAUGGGAAACUUGUCAAGCUCUAGAUUCUCGUCUCUUCUUGCCUCCAAAGAUCGUGAUUUUCUGCUAUCUCCAACUGGGUCUCAGGUGAAAGUCUGUGAUAUUGAAGGGAAGGUGGUGGGUCUUUUGUUCGGUGCUAACUGGUACGCACCAUGCCGGAGAUUCACCGAAGUGCUGGUUUGCAUAUAUGAGGAGCUCAGGAGCAAGGUCCCAGGUUUUGAGAUUGUGUACGUGUCCUCCGAUGAAGACUUGAGUGCCUUUGAAACCUAUUAUGCACAAAUGCCGUGGCUUGCGAUUCCAUUCUCUGAUCUGGAAACAAAGAAAGCCCUGACCAAAAAGUUCGAUGUCGAAGGUAUUCCUCGUUUAGUAAUACUGCUACCCAAUGGUUGUAACAAGGACGAGGCUACUGUAGAUGAUGGGGUUGAACUCAUUUACCGCUACGGGGUCGAAGCUUAUCCGUUCAGUAAGGAGAGGCUGGAGCAACUGAAGAGGGAAGACAGAGAGAAGCAUGAGAAUCAGACACUGAUAAAUUUACUGACAAACCAUAAUAGAGACUACGUUUUGGGUCCACCUCAAGCUGAUAUCAAACAAGUACCUGUUGCUUCGUUAGUGGGCAAAACCAUAGGACUCUACUUCUCAGCCCAAUGGUGCCAGCCAUGCCUCAACUUCACUCCCAAACUGAUAUCAGUCUACCACAAGAUCAGGAGGACGGUGAGUGAAGCUGGAAAUGGAGAGGACUUUGAGAUAGUGCUGGUAUCAAGUGAUCGGGACCAAGCUUGCUUCGAUUCAUACUUCAGUGGUAUGCCUUGGCUGGCACUGCCUUUUGGGGACCCAGAGAUCAAGAGACUUGUGAGGCACUUCGAUGUGCAAGGGAUACCAACCUUGGUGAUAUUGGGUCCGGAUGGUAAAACAAUAACCAGAAAUGGCAGGAACUUGAUAAACUUGUACCAAGAGAAUGCGUAUCCCUUCACUGAUUCCAGGGUGGAGCUUCUGGAGAAACAGCUUGAAGAAGAGGCCAAGGAUUAUCCGAGAUUGGUAUGCCAUGAAGGCCAUCACCAUCAUCUGAAUCUGGUAUCUGAUGGCAAUGGAGGAGGCCCUUUUAUCUGUUGUGAGUGUGAGGAACAAGGCUCAAGCUGGGCCUACCAAUGUCUUGAAUGUGGGUAUGAGGUUCAUCCUAAGUGUGUGCGAGCUCCUUCAUCUUGAUCGUCUUGGGUUGGUGAGACCCAAAUAUUCUAAACUAAUCAAAGCUAAUCUUCUGUGUUGAUUGGCCUCCUUCACAUUAAUUAGGCUCUCGACUAUUCUGUUUGCUUUUUGAUAUAUGUAGGUUGGGUUUCUGGCUGCUUUUUACUUGUUGCUUUUGUAUGACCGGAGCAUGGCCAUAAGCGGACUUGUGAGUUGUGAUGUGAUUAGCUAGUGGCCCAAUCAAUUUAAAGUGUGAAUUAAUUGCACAAUGAUUGUCCUUCAAUGGACCUGGCUAUCUGAGUAGAAUUUGCAUUUUC